AUGUCCCGGCUUCUAUUUCUUCUGCUCACCUCUGCGCUCCUCGCCUUGAGCGCCGAAGCUUCCGAUUACUAUGAGCGAUUGACUCUGACUCCUUUACCCCUCGGUUCCCUCCUCGCCUCGUUCGACUUCCGCAGUAACGAAAGCGCCGCCGACUACAAUGCCCAGAAUUUCAGGUAUUUCCCGCGCUCCCUGGGUCAGGCGCUGCGGCAUGCCGACACGCAAGAACUACAUCUGAGGUUUACUACGGGACGAUGGGAUCCGGAGCUUUGGGGAGCGCGUCCUUGGGAUGGCACCAAAGAGGGCGGCACUGGAGUCGAGUUAUGGGCUUGGAUAGAUGCCGACUCGGAGGUUGACGCGUUUAAAAAGUGGACAACCUUGACACAAUCGCUGUCGGGCUUGUUCUGUGCCUCAUUGAAUUUCAUCGAUUCAACCAGGACCACCAAACCUGUCUUGUCCUUCCAGCCUUCGGGGGCAUUCCAGAACAGGAGCAAGAAUCUUCAUCUGUUGCAUGGUGUACUUCCUGGAGAAGUCGUGUGCACAGAGAACUUGACUCCCUUCCUGAAGCUCCUGCCGUGUAAAGGGAAGGCUGGGAUUUCCAGCCUUCUAGACGGACACAAGGUUUUUGAUGCCUCAUGGCAGAGCAUGGCCAUUGAUGUGCUGCCCAAGUGUUCUGCGGGAUUAGGCAAAUGCCAGAUGGAAAUCAGCCAGACCAUUGAUAUUGUCCUCGAUAUUGAGCGAUCCAAGCGGCCGCGAGACAACCCAAUUCCGAGACCAGUUCCCCCAGAACAACUCGUUUGCGACGAGUCCAAGCCCUACCAUUCCCACGAUACCUGCUAUCCUCGUGACAUGGUGGACGAAAUCCAGUGGUCACUCAAGGAUGUGUUCGGAAGGACAUUGGCUGGGACAUGUCCCCUCGCAGACGACGACGGCCCUGACCCGAAACCAGUCUGCCUGAAUGUACCGCACGAUCGAAUGGUUCUGAUCAAUCACAGCGGGUUCGAAGUCAAAUCUGAACCUGGCCCGAGCGAGUCAAGGUGUUAUUCGAUAAUGCCAUUCGAAGAAUUCGACCUCGAACUGCCCCGGCAGCAAUCAACUUCUCGAAAGCACGACUUGGGCCAUGAACUGCUUCGAGCAGAAAGGACCAUGACCGGCCACGGUGCUGCACACGGAGGAAUGCGCACGAUCUUCACAAACCCAUCCUCGACCGAAUCCGUCCAAUUCGUCUAUUUUGAGAGUCUACCGUGGUUCAUGCGCCCCUAUAUGCAUACUCUCAAGGCUCAAAUCACGGAUUCGUUUUCGACGUCAUUUGACUCUUCGAGACUCGACCAAGAAAGAAUAAUCAUGGACAUGUACUAUCGGCCAGCCAUCGACCGCCAUCGCGGCACACAACUCGAACUUUUACUCAGUGUCCCACCUCUCACCACCAUCUCUCUAACUUAUGCCUUUGAAAAAUCCAUCCUUCGAUACACAGAAUAUCCUCCCGACGCGAAUCGUGGGUUCAAUAUUCCACCUGCGGUAAUUCGUAUCCUUUCACCACAACUCACGGACCCGGUCACGGGAAACGCCAGGGAUGUUUAUAUCCGAACGACUUCCCUACUAUUGCCGUUGCCCACGCCGGAUUUUUCCAUGCCGUAUAAUGUCAUCAUAUUGACCAGUACAGUCAUGGCGUUGGCGUUUGGGAGCAUUUAUAACUUGUUGGUCAGGAGAUUUGUGGGUGCGGACGAGGUUGGGGAGGGCAAGUUGCCCGGUCUUGUUAGGAGUGUAAGGGGCGCGGUAAAGGGAAUGGUUGUACGAGUCAAGGAUCGACUGCAGGGGAAAGGAAAAGUGGAAUAG